UGUUACUUGCUGGCUGCCAUGUCCUAUGAUCGGUACCUGGCCAUAUGUCAACCCCUGCUUUAUGCAAGCCUCAUGAACUGGAAGGUAUGUCUCCAACUGGUGGCUGGAUCACGGGUUAAUUCUUCUUAUUAUAUUAUCUUUCCCGAUGUAUUUUUCCCAUUUCUGUUCCCUCUGGCAUCCUAUGUCUGCAUCAUAGCUGCCAUCCUGAGGAUCCUGUCCAGCAUGGGGAGGCACAAGGCCUUUUCCACCUGCUACUCUCACCUUACUAUGGUCGUUGUUUUCUAUCGGACCCUCAUCAUUGUCUACAUGCUGCCCAGAACAUUUUACACAGUCCUCACACCUCUCAUCAAUCCACUCAUCUACAGUCUGAGGAACAGAGAGGUCAAGGAGGCACUGGGGAGGGUGCUCAGGAGGGCUGUUGCCUGCACUGACAGCUCCAACUAG